CUCAAUGACCCUAAAAGUCGGGGGUGUACUUUCCCAAUGUGCUCUGCGAAGAAUUGAAAGAUGGCGGCUGCAGCGUUCGGCCGAUGGUUGAGGUUCCGCAGGGGACUUCAGAUCACGGGUCGGCGGGUAGCUGUGUGUGAACAGUCACAUAGUUACAGAUUUUAUUCUGGGAAUACAGCUCAUCCAAAGGUUGAAGGAACUGAUAUAACAGGAAUUGAAGAUAUAAUCAUUCCAAGAAAGAAAACUUGGGAUAAGGUGGCUGUUCUUCAGGCUCUUGCAUCCACGGUAAACAGAGAUCCCACAGCUGUCCCUUACGGGUUUCAAGAUGAUCCAUACCUCAUACCAGCGUCUGCUAUGGAAUCUCGGUCAUUUUUAUUGGCAAAGAAGUCUGGGGAAAAUGCAGCAAAGUUUAUUGUUAAUUCACAUCCCAAAUAUUUUCAGAAGGACAUAGCUGAGCCUCAUAUACCGUGUUUAAUGCCUGAGUACUUUGAACCCCAGAUAGAAGAUGUAAGUGAAGCUGCCCUGAAGGAGCGAAUCAGUCUCAGAAAAGUCAAAGCUUCUGUGGACAUGUUUGAUCAGCUCUUGCAAGCAGGAACCCCUGUCUCUCUUGAAACAACUAAUAGUCUCUUGGAUUUGUUGUGUUACUAUGGUGACCAAGAGCCCCCAAAUGAAUAUCAUUUUCAACAAACCGAGCAGUCAGAAGACUUGGAAGAGUCCUCAGAGGAAAAUAAUGAAAAAUCUAAAGGGAAGACUGCUCAUCAGUUGUCCUGUACUUGGAAGGCAAAUAACAAUGCUGAACGAAUCUUUGCUUUAAUGCCAGAGAAGAAUGAACAUUCCUACUGCACAAUGAUCCGGGGAAUGGUGAAGCAUCGAGCCUUUGCACAGGCACUCAGCAUGUACACUGAAUUAUUAAAUAACAGACUCCAUGCUGAUGUACACACUUUUAAUGCAUUGAUCGAAGCAACAGCAUUGAUAAUGAGUGAGAAAUAUGAGGAAAGAUGGAAUAAUAUAUUGAGUCUGCUAAAAGAUAUGGUUGCACAGAAGGUGAAACCAAAUUUACAGACUUUUAAUACUAUUCUAAAAAACCUGCGAAGAUUUUAUGCGUUUGGGAAAUUGCCAGCCUUACAGACCUUACGUGAAAUGAAAGCCUUUGGAAUAGAACCCUCACUUGCAACAUAUCAUCAUCUUAUCCACGUGUUUUAUCAGCAUGGAAGCCCUGUAAAGGGGCAUUCUCUCCUCCUCAUCUAUAGUAUAAUGAAAGAACUAGAGGGAAAGAAAUUUUCUCCAUUGGACCUGGAUGAUGAUAAGUUUUUUCAGUCGGCUAUGAAUGUUUGCUCAUCCCUCAGAGAUCUAGACCUUGCUUACCAAGUGCAUGGCCUUUUAAACACAGGAGACAACUGGAAAUUCAUCGGAUCUGAUUCUCAACGUAAUUUCUAUUAUACAAAGUUUUUCAGUUUGCUUUGUCUAAUGGAACAAAUUGAUGUCACAUUAAAAUGGUAUAAAGACCUGAUGCCUUCGGUGCUCUUUCCCCAUUCCCAAAUGCUGAUAGACCUUCUCCAAGCUUUGGAUGUGGCCAACCGGCUAGAAAUGAUUCCUCAGAUUUGGAAAGAUAGUAAAGAAUAUGGUCAUACAUUUCGCAAUGACCUAAGAGAAGAAAUCCUGAUGCUCAUGGCAAGGGAUAAACACCCACCACAGCUGCAGAUGGCGUUUGCUGAUUGUGCUGCUGACAUCAAAUCUACUUAUGAAAGCCAAGAAGCCAAACAGGCUGCUCCUAGUUGGCCAGCCAGUGUUCUCAACUGUAUAGCCAUCCUCUUUUUAAGGGCUGAGAGAGCCCAGGACGCCUGGAAGAUGUUCGGGCUUUUUCGGAAGCAUAAUAAAAUCCCCAGAGGUGAACUGCUGAAUGAAUUUAUGGACAGUGCAAAAGUAUGCAACAGUCCUGCCCAGGCCAUUGAGGUUGUGAAGCUGGCAAACGCCUUCAGCUUGCCUGUCUGUGAGAAUCUCAUCCAGAGAGCAAUGACGGACUUUGCAAUGGACCCAGAACAAAAGAAUGCCCUGGGCAACCUAACUGCAUUGGCUAGUGACAGUGAUGGUGACAGCGACAGCGACAGUGAUAGUGACAGUGACAAAUGAAACAUUUAACUAGUAUACAAAAAAGACAGGAUAUGGAUUUGCUGAAUUUGGUACUGUGAAGCAGCAGUGGACACAGCACUGACUUUAGAUCCAUCUUCUAAUAUGCUGUUGACUAAACCACUGAUCAGUGCAUCGCUCAAGAGAUACAUUUAAGCAGCAGCACUGCCAUCUCCACUCUUCGGACAUCAGUGCACAUCGUGGCACUUACGACGCACCCUCCAUAUCCAUGGCGUGUCCACCCUGCCAGGGGUGGCAUGCUGUUGCUCGCCAGCCUUUGUUGGCUUGAAUGCUGCUGCUGCUUUGAACUUAAAGGUUUUCUUGAAAUUAGUAGUAUCUCAAAUUGAGGAAUAUAUAGAUGUGAAUAGUUGUGCAUGUUAAGACUUGUUUAAACAGGAUAAUGGUACUUGUAGGCUGCACUGCUGAUAAAAUGGAGACUGUAAAUAAAUGUAAUUAAUCUAUAUAUGUCCUUUUUUGGGAAUUGGAAAUUGGUUUUCACUGUGUAGGGCUGGCCUCAAACUCAUGGCAGUCCUUCUGCCUCAGCCUCCCAAGUGCUAGGAUUACAGUUUGUUAUCAUGUCCAGCUUCCAUUAUAUCUAAUGUUUAAUUCUGAUAGUCUUUACAGUUCUCUGUAAGCUAGGCACGAUGAUACACACCUAUAAUCCCAGCACUGAGGGAGGCUAAGGCAGGAGGGUUUUAAAUUGAAGCCUAGUUAGGGACUCUGUCUAAAAAAAUGGGCAGGCAGAAGCUGGGGGUGUGAUUCAGGGCAAAGGUCAAUCCUCGGUACUGCAAAACCAACAACAGCAUACUAUAAAGUGUGGGCUGUGGAUAGUGAAACCUUGAGAGGAACUUUUCUAACAGCAAUGGAAGUGAGAGAAUGGGAAAAGGAGAAGUUAUUUAUGGGGAAUGUUACGGUUUGUGUUGGGUUUGCAUUGGGUUUGCAUUGUGUAUUUGUGAUUGAUUCAUUGUCUAGCACUUAGAUUGAUGGUGUCAGUGUUAUAUCCACCUAGCGGUAGAGCCAACAUAUAAUGUAAUGGCAGGAAGAAGAUGUGUCUGUCUCUUUUGCUGGUUUCCAUUUUGUUGUUUACAGCUACCAUAAACUGCAGCCUGCCAUGCCACCUUGCCUUGGAGCCAACUAAAUAUAUACUAAAAUCUCCAAAAACUAUAAAAAAUAAACCUUUCCUUUCCAA